AUGGAUACAUUACUUAAAACUCAUAACAAGCUUGAAUUUUUGCACCCGCUUCAUGGGUUUUCAGAGAAAGUUAGUAAUUUGAAUUCUUCGAAGCUUCAAAACCAGGAGCUGAGAUGUGGCCUUAGAAAGUCUCAUAUGAAAUUGAGCCGGACUGGUCUUGUUAAGGCUAGUAGCAGUGCUCUUCUGGAGCUUGUUCCAGAAACCAAGAAGGAGAGUCUUGACUUUGAGCUUCCCAUGUAUGACCCAUCAAAGGGUCUUGUGGUGGACCUUGCAGUUGUAGGCGGCGGUCCUGCAGGACUUGCCGUGGCACAGCAAGUUUCAGCGGCAGGGCUUUCUGUUUGCUCGAUUGACCCGUCUCCCAAAUUAAUUUGGCCCAAUAAUUAUGGUGUUUGGGUGGAUGAAUUUGAGGCCAUGGAUUUGCUUGAUUGCCUGGACACUACCUGGUCUGGUGCUGUUGUGUUCAUAGAUGAGCAGACGAAAAAGGAUCUUGACAGACCUUAUGGAAGGGUUAACAGGAAGCAGCUUAAGUCCAAGAUGCUGCAAAAAUGCAUAUCGAAUGGUGUCAAAUUUCACCAAGCUAAAGUAAAUAAGGUUAUUCACGAGGAGGAAAAAUCACUGUUGAUUUGCAAUGAUGGUGUCACUAUUCAAGCUGCUGUGGUUCUUGAUGCAACUGGUUUUUCAAGAUGCCUUGUACAGUAUGAUAAGCCCUACAAUCCAGGUUACCAAGUGGCUUAUGGGAUUUUGGCGGAGGUUGAAGAGCAUCCAUUUGAUGUAGAUAAGAUGGUUUUUAUGGAUUGGAGAGACUCACACUUGAACAAUAAUAUCGAACUGAAGGAGAGAAAUGCUAGGAUCCCUACUUUUCUAUAUGCAAUGCCUUUUUCAUCCAAUAGGAUAUUUCUUGAAGAAACUUCCCUGGUAGCUAGGCCUGGAGUACCUAUGAAAGAUAUCCAGGAUAGGAUGGUUGCUAGGUUAAGGCACCUAGGCAUUAAAAUUAAGAGCAUUGAAGAGGAUGAGCAUUGUGUCAUUCCAAUGGGGGGCCCCCUUCCAGUGCUCCCUCAAAGAGUUGUUGGAAUUGGUGGUACAGCUGGGAUGGUUCAUCCUUCAACUGGUUAUAUGGUUGCAAGGACUCUGGCAGCGGCUCCUAUUGUUGCAAAUGCGAUAGUUCAGUACCUUGGUUCUGAUCGAAUUCUUUCAGGAAAUGAACUGUCUGCAGAAGUUUGGAAAGAUUUAUGGCCCAUAGAAAGGAGGAGACAAAGGGAGUUUUUCUGUUUUGGUAUGGCUAUUCUGCUUAAGCUUGAUUUGAAAAGUACUCGGAGGUUUUUCAAUGCAUUCUUUGAUCUAGAACCCCGUUAUUGGCACGGAUUCUUGUCAUCUCGACUCUUUCUACCUGAUCUUGUAUUUUUUGGGCUUUCACUGUUUUCUCAUGCUUCUAAUGCUAGUAGAAUAGAAAUUAUGGCAAAGGGGACUCUUCCUUUGGUAAAGAUGAUCAACAACUUGAUACAGGAUAGAGAUUAG